AUGGUGAGGAAACACAAGGGAACACUGGCGGUGAUAGAGAAGAUCUAUCAGGACAUACCCGCCUUCUCCGACAUCUUCACAGAGGAAAGCUUUUACAUGUUUGCCUUUUGCUUCGUAUGCGCCACUAUCCUGGUGGCCUUUAUCCUCUCCCGUUUCAUCACCAUAAAACCCGUGGAUUUCUGAAACAAAUGUCUUGUCUUUAUCCGCACACGUACUUUCAAAAUAUAAUCUUUAACAUGUA